UUGCGAUCUUUUGAAAUAUUUUUUCGGCAGCACAUAAGAAACGGAGGAAAUGGUUCAUUACAUUACGAGGACCAAAAGUCAGGAAGGAUUCCCCACUUUAUUUCUUCCAGGAAAUGUGAACUUUGGUUCACUUCUGCAGUGCCCGGAAAAAACAUUUCUAGUCCUAUGGGUUGAAACAAUGACUUCUGAAUAAAUUGGGAGAAAAAACGCGGCGCAAAAAUGAAACGUAAAACAAUUAAUGUUUUGUCGUGGAAUUUUCAUCGGUAGAUACGAGUUUAGAUACAGCAGCGAUGAUAUUUUUCAUAUAUUGCAAAAUGAGUAAUUAUAAUUUAAAAAUAUAAUUUCAAUAUCGUAAAUAACAAUCAGUUAACUGCGCUGAGCAAUUCUAAAAUGUCAAGGCUAUCUCGUCAGUAUAUUACUGGAGCUAAUUGCGAAUUUAUGUUAUUUUCUGAGUGUUUAGAAUAAUAGUAGAUACCUACCUAUGUACCUACCUAACAUGAUAAUUUGUAGUAAAUGUCGCGCGAAUUUAUAACCAACAGUGUUGAGAAAUUUAACGCCAUCGAAUAAAACAUUUCCAUGACAGAGAGUAAGUAAUUAGUACCUAUUAUAUCAAAUUCAUCAAUUAAAAAAAGACAGAAAAACACCAAGCCAAGAUGUCACCUGAAGAACCAUUCUGUGGACAAACAUUACUGACAAUUGGAACAUACUACAAGAGGAAUAUCAGUGGUUACGUUGAUAUGCCAACAUGCAUAAUUGGUUUGAUUUUUAAUAUACUCAACUUGGUGAUAUUCACGAGGAAAAAGAUGCGCUCACCAAUCAACCUGGUAUUCGCAAACCUAUCCUUAGCAGAUUUACUGACAUUAUUAACAUUGAUUCCAAUUUCAUGGCUACACAUUGCCGAACACAAUGUCAACGUUGAUAGAAAAAGUAGUUACGAACAAGAACUACUUUUCAUUUCCUGCCACGAUUUUGGGACCACUUUUCACUUCAUAUCAGCAUUCCUCACCGUGAUGUUGGCUAUAUGGAGAUACAUAGCUGUGGUGCAUCCCUUCACAGGAUGGCCUCGGUGCAAUAUGAAAACUACAAGAAAUGUGAUUGCUGCUGUUUACGUAACGGGUAUCCUGCUCAAUUUGCCGAUGUAUUUGUCACGUAAUAUUUCUAUUAAGAGAGAUAACAAUACGAUUGUUUACGUACCUGGUUUCAAAAGAGAUUCUAUUCUGUUCACAACCGCAUUCGCAAUCAAAGGAGUGCUGCAGUACUUGUUGCCAUCGGUUUUGCUGCCGAUGUUCAGUUUCAAACUGGUUGUGGUCCUAAUGACGAGAAAAGAAUGUCAAGAACAAUCAACUCCAUCUUCAAAUGUACAAAAUUACGCAAGAAAGCUCAAAUUGAAACACCAAAACGAUCGAUCAAUUAUCAUAUUGUUGAUAGUAAUAGUAUUAUUUUUUAUUACAAAGGUCCCGUCUGGAAUACUCUACUUGAUGUCCAUAAUUUAUGAUAGAAGUGUUUAUAAUCGUGAAUGUUUUUUCGGCCUGAGAGCAAUAUUUAGUACUUUGACUGCGAUUAAUAUGUCAGUCACAUUUGUGUUAUAUUACACCAUGAGUCAAAAUUUUCGAAUCACUUUCGGAUCCCUGUUCAAAAAGGAUGGCAGUUCAUUUCUUAAUGAAGAUAUAAUUGCAUUCAGUAAUACGAAAAAAACGGACACAGUUCCUGAAACUGGUUAAGCUUAACGAAGAAUGAAAACCGCCCAAAUUCGGUAUUUAUACUUAGUCUUGGUUUGGCGUUGAAUUGAAAAAAUUUGAGUGCAUACAUAAAGGGACGACAUUGAUCUGAAAUUGGCCUGUUUUUAAAUAUUUGUGGGGAGGGGGGUGCAGAGAAGCGACAAAAAUCAAUCGAUAUAAAUUUAAAAUUGGCAUAACAUAACUAAAAAUCAGUGUCCUAGAACAAUUUGUAUGGGAGAAAAAUGAAUGCUUUGUGUUUUUUUGAACUUAGAAAAGUGGGGAGAGACCUAAAUGUUCCUCUGGAGAGUUUUAAGUUUUCAACUUCUUCUCGCCUCCCCCCCUCACCCCUUUGAAGCUGCAAAAACUAUUUUCACGCCUAUUUUCACGGGUUUUGAUUUUGUGUCAUCGCUGAAGCUUCUUCAAAUUGACAUUUUUUUCUCAUUAAAGUAAGUAUAGGUACAUACAUUCGUCAAAGAAAAUAUCUAAAAAAUGCUAGAAAUAAUUUAAAGCAAAUAAAGUAACUAUUUUUGAGGGGGGAGAAUUAUUCUUGGGGGGGGGAUUAGAUCUGAUUAAUUAUUUAGGUCUAUACAUAUGCUGUACAUCACCUAGCUUGUAAGUUGAUCUUGUAAAUGCAGCACAUGCUGCCUGUUACAGAAAUAAACAUUGAUUGAAUUUGA